AUGGACCACCGUAUCAUCGAUUCCCAGCAUAACUGGCCCAACCCGGUCAACGACUCUGAUAGUGGUCAACCCUCGACUUGGCAGGACUGGGACUUUGAUGGGCAGAACAACUCCUACGACAAUUAUGCUCAAUCGGUUGCGCAGAAUGUUUUUGAUGAGUUUCUCAAUGGGGGCACUUCAGCAUCGCCUGAUACACAGGUCAUCAAGAAGAAGCAGGGAAGUGUUGGAUCGGAGCAUGGCUGCCAGAUGGGUUUCCAUGUCGCCUCAGCACCUUCAUUAGCCGAGAAGCACGGCAACAACUUACAAGACAAUAUGCAGCCCACCUCGUGCCCUGCCGCUGACUACGGGGGAAGUGAUUGUGGUCAAGCUGCAGUCAGUGUCGACAACAAAUGCGACGAGACAUGUAGGGCCUCCCCAGAAAGUCACUCUAGCAAGGAACUUCAUCCAGAACCAUUGCAGGUCCCACGACUCGACCAGAACAUGAUGUCCCUGGCUAUUGGUCAAGGUGGUAACGAGCAUGCGAAGCACGAAAUUGAUGUUAAGCUCGAGAAAAGCUCCUCUAUGAUGGGCAGUUUGCUCAAUACACCCGCAUUUCAAUAUGAUCAAGGCCGUCCUUUGAGCAUACACUUUCAGUCUCCGUUCCAGUCGCAAAAUAAUACAUCUCGAGUACAACAGCAACAAAUAUUACCGAAUGGACCGAUACCAGCAAAACGACGGCAAAAGGGUCAAACCGAAAUGCUUCGCUCCCAGGGAAUACAAGGGCUGCAAGGUUCAAGGUCCAAUAUUGUCUCUUUUCCGAAUCUGUCUUCACAAUUGCCUGCCUAUCAGAACGACCUCAUCUCAACCUCGUCAUCCUCCUCAAAUGAGACUAUCAAUUUCAACGGUGGUCAACAACAAACCCAGAAUUAUUUACCACAGCUCCAUAUUCCUAGUAUCACCGCAUUCUACAACCCCCCAAUGCCCUUCCCGCCGAACCACAAUCAGCAACAAAAUCUAAGCAGCAGCUCCAUGACCGUAGGGCAGAUAGCCAUCAUCCGUCAAGAACAAAUUUCAAGGCUCCGAGGAGAUAUCUUCAACGAGGUCAAGCUUCACCUCCAGAUAAUGACUGCCUACUUCACGCACGCGCUCAAACAUCUUUCCAGGGACUUCUCACCCGCAGCGGCUCAAGCUAAGCAGCAUUGGCUCGAAUCAGCAAAGGUUUGGCUCAGCACGGUCCCGGAGGCGUGGAAGAACAAUCUGCCAGUUACGCAGUCCCGUUCACACCCUGUCGAGAAGAUGAUAAUUCAAAAAAUCCACAUCCAGGGCCUGGUAGAGGCGGCACGUCGCCACAAAAUUCCGAAUAAGACAUGGCCACACACCCCUGAAGAGUGGAAACAAGAUAUCAGCAUCACUGCUCACUGGGAGGAAUUGAAACUGAUGAAGACGUGGACGGCAAUGUUCAACGGUAUGCUGCAGGAUCUGCGAUCGAAAUUUCCGCUACUGGAAGAUGCGUUGGAGGAGAUCCGUGCCGGUGGUGGUUGGGAUCAGCUGCUGGGUGGUGAUGAUGUAAAGACGGAGACGGAUGAGGAUUCGUGA